AUGGCUGACUCUCAUAUGAGCCAUGACGAGUUCUUCGCCAAAUUGGGUGAGCUCUUCAAUCAUCGUAAGGGCAGCGACCAUGGCGCCAUCUACUUGAGCCAGAAGCGACUCACCUACGGUCAAGACAUCCCCAGUCCCUCAGAAGAGGAACCCUCUCCAGAUAUUCACCCUGGCAAGCCUCUGCCCCUCAUCAUCAGGGCAACAAAUGGCAAGGGCAAGAAGGAUCGCUCCAGCAAAGCUAAGCUUUCAACAGUCGUCAACCCCGGGGAUCUGGAGGCUUUCUACGUGCGUUAUGCCGACGUGUGCAAGGCUGGCAUGACAGCCUUGAAGCCUAGAGACAGAAGCAAGAAGAAGGCCAAGGCAAAGAAGAAGAAGGCUGCUGCAUAA